AUCUUCUGUUCAACAGUAAAUCUGGCUUUGGGAAAGAAGGCCACCCAGUCCCAUGCCAAGAGCCUCGUCGUUGCUAACCGAGCUAUUGACGGCAAUAAGAACAGCAACGCGAAGGAAGGUUCCUGCUCGCAAUCUAACAUCGGCAUCAAUCCGUGGUGGAUGGUUGAUUUAAAACAACCCUACUUUGUGGCUUUUGUGCGAAUCACCAACAGAAUGGACUGCUGCUCAGAUCACCUCCUUGGGGCAGAGGUUCGUCUGGGUAACAAGCUGGGGAACAAUGGCAAAGCCGAAAGAUUUAUUACAAUGGUCACGAUAGCCAAUGAUGGGCAACAUAGUCGGUGCGCCCUGACUUGUCCCUGGGACCUGGAUUCAGAAGACUGCAAAGACUCAACACUCGAUUCUCAUAGUGCAACUUUUUUAAUCUCCUUCAGAUGUGGAGUUGUCGAUGUUGUCGCCGCGAAGACACUCACCUUAAAUUGUGGUGGCUUAAUUGGAGAUUAUGUGCAUAUUGUCAUCCCGGGAAUGAAUAAAAGCUUGGCUCUCUGCGAGGUGGAGGUCUUUGCCUUGGGAGACAAGAGGUGAGACAGUAAUACCGUGAACCAUUAUGUGUCGACAUGUUAUAAGUUGUCCAGCCCUGGCAAUAUUUUUAUGGGAAGUGGUUUUAGGAAAAAGUAUAUCUGUGGACUGAACAUAUAUAAAACUCACUGAGAUGUGAGAAUGGCACAGUAUUGGUUUAUUGUUGUCACGCAUUCUGAGAUAGGUGAGAGAUGGGCUGUGCCCACAAAUGCACACAUGGACGCUAUGUACCAGAGUAUAUCGUAUAGCAUUACGGAGACCGGAAAAAUGCAAGUGUGUCCAAGAAUAGAGGGAGGCAAACGGUUGAAAGCCAUUAAACAGUUAUCUUAAUGUGCAGGAAGGUACUGCAGAUGUCGGUUUAACCCGAAGAUAGGCACAAAAUGCUGGAGUAACUCAGAACGUUUCGGGUCAGGGUUAAUUCGUUUUGCACAAUUUCUUCCCCCUCUUUUUUUCACUGUUUUUUUCUCUUUUUCCACUUGUCGCUAAAUUUGCGGCCCGAUUGUUUUAUUUUUCCAUUUGUUUCCUGCAUUCCUUAAUUCUUAGAAUUAACCUUCCUUUUCUCUUUUCUACCUAUUUAACAGUUUAUACUUUCAAUUUCCUGUCCUUUAUUUCCAUGUGCCCGCUGCUGGCCAGUUCUAAAUUCUAUGUUCAUUUUCUCCGUUUAUUUACUUCAUGUGCUCCCUGCUAGCCAUGAUUCAUAUCACAAACGUUUCGUCAACUUAUGUUAAUAUUUUAUAUGCAUAGGAUUCAAAGUACACAUGUGUUGUACGUGCAUAUUACCCCGUAACUUUCAUCCAAAUUAUUCCCCAUAGCCGCGAGAUUUUCUCUGCCCGGCUUAUUUAUGUAGGACAAAUAAUUUAGUUUGCAGAGCCAAUCGCCGGCUACUUCCAGUAGCAAAAUUUACUACAAACCAUUUCUAGUUUGCUAUAUCCAAUUGCCGGCUAGUUUCCCAGUAGCUAAAUAUGCGACAAACUAUUUGCAGUUUGCUCUAUCCAAUUUUUAAAAUAGGCCCGCGUGUCUCAACCUGGCCGACCUCUUAACCAGUCCCAAGUGUCCCAAAGCGGCCGACAUCUUACCUAGCCCCAAGUGUCUCAACGCGGUUGACUUCUCAACUGAAUCGCCCCGCGUGUCUCAACCUGGCCGACGUCUGAAAAAUACAUACACAAAAUACAUACACAAAAUACAUACACAACACACAAAUGUUCUUCCAUUUGUCUGUAUCUAAGAACCUCGGCUGAUAACCAUAUCAACGUCAGACGAUAGGCGUUCCCAGGAACUUCUAUGGGUUGUCAGUCACAAUUGGUCCGAUUAGAGCUCCAUGUUUUCCCUUUCCAGUCCCAGUAAUGUCUGCACAUUCAUCUGUUGAUGGUCCCAGUGAGAGCCAGCGUUACUACACCAAUGAAAAAGUUCACUUAAUAACAGACAAAGUAACACAGUUAAGACCAUUCAAAGCAUUACUUUUUACGUCCGACGGGUGUGGUUCCAGGGAUCCAGAGGCAACAGUGUUACGUCUGACUUCUCCAGCAACACACACAGAAAUAUCAGAAAACCGGGUUUAAUAUACCGCCAGACUCAGCAUCAAUUACAUGAGGUGGUGGCCCAGGAAACACCAGCAACAUCCAAAUAUGGAGUUGUUAUUCACUCUUUGCAAAAGCUAGACAUUCCAAUGGCAUUAGCUGUACCCCACUGUCCUCUACUUAUCUGAUUAAACUAUUCAACUCAGUUAAUAUAAACCGCGCCAUGAUAUUUGGCCAGGUGUCCCACAAUGCAAUAGCAAUUGCCUCCGGUCCCUCCUUCCCAACAGGAAAGCUUAAAUAUGACAGCAACCGAUAACAGUAAUUAACUCUUUCAUUGUUAGCUGAUUUCUAGGUGAGAACGAAAAGCUGUUGUGACUUGGGUGAGGCAGGAAUGGAGAGAGAGGGAAUGCAGGGGUUGCAGUAUAUGCAACCACUAUCCCUAUAUCUC